AGAGCGAGCGAGGGAGAGAGAGAGAGAGAGAGAACGAUGGACGCAGAGGAGAGCGGCGGUGCAGGCGCAUAAACCGGUGGAAAGGAGGGACAUCAGAUGAGGAGAAAAUAUGAUUCGCGAGCAUCUUCUUCUUCACAGCAAAGUCCAGCUCCUGUCAGAGACACCAGCGCCAUGAAACCAGUCCUGCAUUGAGCCUCUCCUCGGUGGGUUGGCAUGGCCCAGUUAUGAACGGAUCGGUGGUGCCUGGUAGCCCGGAGCUCUCCUCCUCGUGCCCACUGCCUGACUGGCGAGAGUUCUGUGAGCUCCACGCUCGAGCUUCUGCUGCAGACUUUGCCGACAAGUUCCAGCGCUUCCUCUUGGAGAACCCGUGCUACGACUCGCCCGGUGCAGAUGCCAGCUUCUCACAGCACUUUGCCCACCACUUCCUGGAGUGCUUCUCUGCAGCUCUGACCCAGGCCCGGGAGAACCAGGCGUCCUCACCGGGAGAGAACGGCUCCAACGCAGCACCCAAGUACAGCAUAGUUCCUUUUCUGGGAAUCCAGGGCUUCCCACUGUCCUACGGCCACGACCUCUACCAGAGGCGCAAGGACACUGGGGCUUCAAGUGAAUCCCUGGACAGUAUGGACAGUGGAGGGGGAGGGAUAGAGGGCGGAGGCAACGGUACUCCUGCCCCACGAGGCUCUCAGCAGACCCACAAGGUGUCUGCCCUUGGACAGUCUCGCAGCUCGGAGGACGUGUCGGUGAGUCACCCAAAGGCUCGCUUCAAGAAGGGCUUCUCUCUGAGGAACAUGAGCUUGUGUGUGGUGGACGGGGUAAAGGAGAUGUGGCACCGACGGGCCUCUCCUGAGCCUGAUGCUCCCCCAGGAGCCAGGAAGGCUAAUGGGGCAGUGGGAGGAGGAGGAGGGGGCGUAGGGGCAGGGACAGGGGGUGAGGCAGCAGGGGGAGAGAAGUGGUCCCAAAAACUGCGCCUUCCCAGAGGUUCCCAGGGCCACAAGGCAGAGAUGCUGGAAAUCCAGAGGGAAGGCGCUCUGAGGUACAUGGUGGCUGACGACACAAACUGUAUGGGUGCCGCACAAUGGCAGAAGUGCCGCCUGCUGCUAAGGAAGACGAGAAGAGAGGAAGGAGGCGAGAAGUUCCUGCUGGAGUUUUACGUACCACCUAAGUCCUCAAAGCCAAAAGUGAGCAUCCCUCUGUCAGCCAUCGUGGAGGUGAGGACCACCAUGCCACUGGAGAUGCCUGACAAGGACAACACCUUUGUUCUCAAGGUGGAAAAUGGGGGCGAGUACAUCCUGGAAACCAUUGACUCGCUGCAGAAGAACUCCUGGGUUGCUGACAUUCAGGACUGCACAGACCCGGGUGACAGUGGCGAUGACAUCGAGCUUGCGUCAUGUCCUCACGGCCAGGCCUCCAAAGACUGCUCUAUGGUGGCCUCCUGCAGCUGUGAGCUGCUGUCUGAGGGUGAGGGUGUUUAUCGUGCUCCAGAGAGGUCGUGUCCCUCAGCAGCAGAGCAUUACAGCGCCCCUUCAGUCCGUUGCAGGGAACCCCCCUUUACCCAACACCCAUCUCACAUGCCUCUAGAGCGCUUCCUUCAGUCUCCAGAGGCCCAGGCCUCCAACUCCUCUGCAGGUGGCAGUGAAGGAGCAAAAGACUCAGAUGGUGAUGCCAGUUUGGCAGGUUACCCAUGGUUCCAUGGGACACUGUCUCGAGUGCGUGCAGCUCAGCUGGUACUUGCAGGCGGCGCCAGGAGCCACGGCCUCUUUGUGAUCCGUCAGAGUGAGACACGGCCGGGCGAAUAUGUCCUUACCUUCAACUUCCAAGGCAAAGCCAAGCAUUUGCGCUUGUCAGUGAACGAGAGCGGCCAGUGCCACGUCCACCACUUGUGGUUCCACACUGUGUCGGACAUGUUGAGACACUUCCACGCCCACCCUAUCCCCCUCGAAUCUGGCGGCUCAGCUGACAUCACUUUGCGCUCCUAUGUGCAAGUGCAGAGGAGCACGACAACAGACGCGACGGUGCCUCCAGUCUCCACCCUGCCCAGAGAUACAGGCUGCCGGACAGAUUCAGCACAGCCAGCCCUCCACCCUCCUGGGAUCACAGUGCCUGCAGGGCCUCCCCCUGAUGCCCCACUCUCCUCGAGCACCUCCUCAUCUCCCACCACCCUUCCUUCUCUCUCCCGCAGUGACCCAGGUACAGGAGGAGGCUUACAGAGCCGGAGCAACAGCUCUGAGCGCCUGCUGGAGGCCUCUGCUGGGGCAUCCGAGGACUACCACGAUGCCGACGGCACCCGCAGAGCCCGAGCUGUGGAGAACCAGUAUUCUUUCUACUAAUCUGCACAGGGCAGGGUUCUCUCAUGUAUUUUCUCAAAUUGUGGGUGACAGAAAGAAAGUUGGAGGUGACACAUGAUGCUCUGCUGGUGAUGAAUCAGUGUUUCCUAUGUUUCGUUUUGUUUCAUGUUUCUCUAACAUGGGAAAGAGGGUGAGCUCAUGCCGAGCUGCGUGUCCAUGCUGAUAAAUCCCUUAGGCUCUUUGUUUCAAAUUCACUAGUGAGUAAACAGACGAUUAUGAGAAGGAGAUUAGACCAAGAUGUAGGGAGAUUAAGAUAAGAGAGCAAGAGGAAGUCAUCCAGUAAAAUCAUGUGGCUUUGAUUCACUUCUUCUAACCACUUCCUGUUCACCCUUGCCCACUGUUCCCUGACUGACUCUGAAGUCAGGGCCCCCUCCCCUCAAAGCUCCUUCGAGCUCCCGGGAGCAUCCCAUUAAUGUUUGUAGAGCUGCUUUGGGUCUGUCCCGGAUAUCCUCACUGACCCUGUGGGGCUUCUUCCCUACAAAGUCCCGCUGUACACUAACAUCAGUGCUACAAUCAUGGGUGUGUUAGUCUUAGCGCUGAGGUGUUUUACUUUAACGUGUACAGCCUAAAGGGUCUUAGUGCCUGACAGUUACCUUGGACUUGAACAGACUGUUGCCUAUAGUGAUGAGGCAGAUGAUUCACAACAGCCCAUCAGAUAAAUGCAGGUGAUCAUUUUACCGUUGGUUUCUGCUUCAAACAUACUGAACAUGCACGUCUCUGCAUACGGUUAAAGGUUUUCGUUCUCACUGUUCUGUUGGAAGCUGCAGCGCGGACACACACACUCACAGAGGUGGUCAUAUGUCGUCUUACAAAUCAGUUUGGAAAAUGAACACACAUGUCUGCACAUGGCUGGGUGGCUCUCGUCGUGCCAUCAUACUGAGGUUAUUUCUAUGAGUGUGUGUGUGGAGUCCAAAUGUUUUUCAGUGAUUGGUGUGCUACUGUAGUGUUUCCAGAACAUGGAUGUCAGGGUCCCUGCUCAUCAUACCUGUAGAUUAGAUACGCUGUUAUAUAGGAGUUCAGUAAUGCCUUGACGAUAUUAUUAUACCAACUCCAGCAGAGGGAGGGAAUAGCAGUAGCAUGGCAGUAUUAUGUGCUGAUUGUGUAGCCUGCAGGUGGCCGUGUGGGUGAACUGGUAUAGUGCAGUUUGUUAAAUAAAGGGUACUAGGUGGCCAUGCUUGAAUAGAAAAUCGUAUUUUGUGCCCAAACAAUACUGACAUUAGUAACUAAAAGUUUCAGUGUGUUGACACUUGCUAAUUUUUCAUUUUAUCAGCCCUGCCCAGCACUCUGUCUUUAUUAAUUAUUUUGAACGUGUGCAUUUGCACACUUUCUGUUUACAACACUGAAAACACUC